GAAGGAAGUAGGUUUCCUCGGUGGCUUUUCCUGGGUGCGGACCCCGCGACUUCUCCCUGAGUAGUCGCGUAGGCUAGGGGCGCGGGAGACCCAAGGGAAGGGGCCGAAAGCUGCCUGAUUGACAGCCCGAAAUCUGAUCUUGUGAAAGAGACGUGGAGCCAAUGGGAGGCAGCGAUCCAUCAGUUUGGAUUGGAGGCCCCUGGAGGAGAAGUAGAGGAAAAACCACCGAAUUCAGCUCUGUCAGAGGCGCUUUCAGCUUCCAAGGGGAAGUGCUGGGCAAUAAUUAAUGUUUUUAUUAAAUCUGGAGGGAAUUUUUUGCAGCCGUUCGCCUAGCGUGGCCUUCAGGUUGAUAGAAGUCCAGAUCCCGAGGAAAUCUCCAGCUAAAUGCUCAAAAUAUAAAACACUGUGCUAAUAUUUGCGAAGAGGAGCAGAAUGGAUGGAUUUUAUGACCAGCAAGUGCCUUACGUGGUCACCAACAGUCAGCGUGGGAGAAACUGUACCGAGAAACCAACAAAUGUCAGGAAAAGAAAAUUCAUUAACAGAGAUCUGGCUCAUGAUUCAGAAGAACUCUUUCAAGAUCUGAGUCAGUUACAAGAGACAUGGCUUGCUGAAGCUCAGGUACCUGACAAUGAUGAGCAGUUUGUGCCAGACUAUCAGGCUGAAAGUUUGGCUUUUCAUGGCCUACCACUGAAAAUCAAGAAAGAGCCCCACAGCCCAUGCUCAGAACUCGGGUCUGCUUGCAGUCAAGAGCAGCCCUUUAAAUUCAGCUAUGGAGAAAAGUGCCUGUACAAUGUCAGUGCCUAUGAUCAGAAGCCACAAGUGGGAAUGAGGCCCUCCAAUCCCCCGACACCGUCCAGCACUCCAGUGUCCCCACUACACCAUGCAUCUCCAAACACAGCUCAUACUCCGAAACCUGACCGGGCCUUCCCAGCUCACCUCCCUCCUACUCAGUCCAUACCAGACAGCACCUACCCCAUGGACCACAGAUUUCGCCGCCAGCUUUCUGAACCCUGUAAUUCCUUUCCUCCGUUGCCGACAAUGCCAAGGGAAGGACGUCCUAUGUACCAACGUCAGAUGUCUGAGCCAAACAUCCCCUUCCCACCACAAGGCUUUAAACAGGAGUACCAUGACCCCGUCUAUGAACACACCACCAUGGUUGGCGGUGCAGCCAGCCAAAGCUUCCCCCCUCCUUUGAUGAUCAAACAGGAACCCAGAGAUUUUGCAUAUGAUUCAGAAGUGCCUAGCUGCCACUCCAUUUAUAUGAGGCAAGAAGGCUUCCUGCCUCAUCCAAGCAGAACAGAAGGCUGCAUGUUUGAGAAGGGUCCCAGGCAGUUCUAUGAUGAUACCUGUGUCGUCCCGGAGAAGUUUGAUGGGGACAUUAAGCAAGAGCCAGGAAUGUACCGGGAAGGACCCACAUACCAGAGGCGAGGCUCCCUUCAGCUCUGGCAGUUUCUCGUAGCUCUUCUGGAUGACCCUUCAAAUUCUCAUUUCAUUGCCUGGACUGGGCGAGGCAUGGAGUUUAAGCUGAUUGAGCCUGAAGAGGUGGCCCGGCGUUGGGGCAUUCAGAAGAACAGGCCGGCUAUGAACUAUGACAAACUUAGUCGUUCUCUCCGCUAUUAUUAUGAGAAGGGAAUCAUGCAAAAGGUGGCUGGAGAAAGAUAUGUCUACAAAUUUGUGUGUGACCCGGAAGCCCUUUUCUCCAUGGCCUUUCCGGAUAAUCAGCGGCCACUGCUGAAGACGGACAUGGAGCGUCACAUCAACGAAGAGGACACAGUGCCUCUGUCUCACUUUGAUGAGAGCAUGGCUUACAUGCCAGACGGAGGCUGCUGCAACCCCCACCCCUACAAUGAAGGAUACGUGUACUAACAGGAGCAACAGUCAGGCAAGGCACCCCGUGCUUCGCCUCUUUUUUUUCUCAAGAUGCAGAGAAUCAACGAAUUCUCUUCGAUGUUUGUUUUAUUUCUGUUGUUUGUACCUUAUUUUUUAAAUGAUACUACAAAAGGGGGCUUUUCCUGUUACAUUAUUCUAUGGUCUGCCAUGGACUGCGCACUUUAUUUGAGGGUGGUUGGGAGUAAUCUAGACAUUCGUUCUUUGUAACAGGAAGAUGGCGGGUGAAUGGGCGGAGGGGAGCUGAGAGAUUCCUUUUUACUUAAGCUUGGGAGGGGGUCCUACAGGUUUUCUGUAUGAUGAAGCUAUAUCAUGUUUGUUCGAUUUCAUAAUAACGUAAGAUAAUUUUCCCUGGGUAUCUACGGUACAGUUGAUUUCAUGUUGUGUAAAUAUCUUAUUGGAGACCAUUUGCCUUGGGCAUUUCUCCAUCAUUAUUGAGUCCCUGCAGGUGUACAAAAAUCUACUGUAAAUGACAGUUUAAUGUUAGAAAUGACUGUUUUGCACCUCUUGUAAAAAAAAGAAUAUUUAGCAAUUGCAUUUGUUGUUCUUUCUGUUUCACAAUGCUUUACAGAUGACUUGAGGAGAAAACCCAUACAUGUGGGCAAUUCUCUCUGAAGUUGAGUAAUCACCUUGACUGUAAAAGAGGGCCACAGGUUUGGACUCUGGCUCCAACCGAGUCAUAGGCCAGUAGCAUUACAUGUAUCUGGUGCCAUCUUGCUGUUUCAGUACGACAAAUACUGUCUUUGAAAUAUGUGGAUGCCCAUUUCACUUAAAUAAUGACAUGUCACGAUCCUUCGGAAUCUUCAUUGAAGUGUGCUGGGAUCACAAUGAAGAAAAAAAAAGAAAAAAAAAGAAAAAGAAAAAAAGAAAAAAAAUCACCUGUCUCCUUUCACUAUCUUCAGUACAUAAAUACAUUAUUUAAUCAAUAAGAAUUAACUGUACUAAAUCACAUAUUAUGCUGUUCUAGUUACAGCAAGCACUCUUUAAGAAAAAUAUCCACUACACUAAAUAGGUACUAUAGUAAUUUUUAGACAUGAUACCCACUGAUACGCAUUUAAAUGUUUCACUGCUGUGUUCUGUUGAUAACAUAUAUAAAUAUUAGAUAAUGCUAAUGCUUCUGCUGCUGUCUUUUCUGUAAUAUUUCUCUUUCAUGCUGAAUUUACUAUGGCCAUUUAUAAGCAAUGCAGUUAACUACAGAUAGCAUUUCAGGACAAAAUAGAUGACUCAAACCAUUUAUUGCUUAAACAAUAGCUUACCACCAUGCUAUGCUAUAAGCAGCUGUUAUGCACAUUGACAAAUGAACAGUGAGCCUCAGCUUGUUAAAGGAAACUGUGGAAACUUUUGUAACUAUUGGUGAAAUGGAACGUUGUUUAUGACCUGUUAAAGACUGUGAGGAAGUUGCUGUGUGACAUAGUGCUGGCACUGAUGCUGUCCUUUAUAUCCUUUGGACACGCCUGUAAAUGUGAUCAGACUGUUCGAAAGAAGAUUCAAAGAUCUGAAAUUUCAAA